AUGAGGCUCACCACAGAGCUCAUCCAGGAGUCCCUAUCCUAUCUCAACCCGCUCAAGGAGCGCGAGCUUAAUCUCAGAGGACAGAGAAUCCCAGCCAUCGAGAAUCUUGGCGUCGCUGGCCCUCAUGACGCAAUCGAUUUUACCGACAAUGACAUCCAGGUCCUGGGCAACAUCCCGCUCUCACCCCGUCUUCAGACCCUUCUUCUCGCUCACAACCGCAUCGCGGGCAUCCAGGCGGGCCUGCACAAGGCGAUGCCGAACCUGAAGAACCUGGUGCUGGCGUACAACGACAUUGCGGAGCUAGCAGACCUGGAUGUGCUCGCAAAGUUCCCGCGACUCACCCACCUCCACUACCGGUACUGGAUUCUGUGGCGAUGUCCCUCCCUGCGCUUUCUCGAUUACGAAAAGGUCAAGGAGGCGGAGAGAGGGCGGGCGCGUGAGCUGUUCGGCACCGCCGAGGAGCCAACCCCUUUGGCUAUCCAGAUCAUGGGGAAGAAGGGCAGGUCAUCAUUCGAGACGGUGACGGCUGGCUCGGCGGCGGCGGCGGCGUCUUCAUCGUCGAAGCUUUCGCGCAUCAAACUCACGACCAAGGAGAAGGCGCGGUUACAAGACAGGAUCAAGAAGGCCACGAGCCUCCAGGAGAUCAUCGCUCUGGAGAGGGAGCUCAACGAGGGACGUUUGCCGUCCGGGAUACAGGCGGAUGGCAUGGAGGAGUAA